UGCUGUGGGUGCUGUGGGUGCUGUGGGUGCUGUGGGUGCUGGUGGAUGGAGGACGUUAGACAGACAACCUUCAGGGCUGCAUGUGAGCAAUCGAAGUAUCAGUCACCCUCAUUCAUCCAAUCCAAUCCCAUUCUCAUUCAUUCAUUCAUCUACAUCACCUUUACGACGCCGCAGCUGCUGUCGAUUGUACCAAACCUCAACUCGUUAUUUUUUCAUCCUUUUCUUUUAUUUUGGCCUUACUCUUCUACUUCUUUGUUAACCCAAUAUUACCAACAUUAUUCACACCACAACACCCAAGAUUAAUACGUACAGUAGAUUACGUAUCUCUACUUACUUCUUUUAUUGGCAGGAAAUGCCUCCAGAUGGUUCCUAGUUUUAUUGUUAUCAUCAGGCAUCGUAUUGUUUGCAUCACUGUGUCAUCGUCACCGCUAAUUGUGUUGCCUUUCCCCCAAAUCCUGCCUAACUCCGCCUUAUCAUCUACCCCUUAGCCCUUCCGCUGGAGUCUACCUCCUCCUGCGCUGACUGAAUAUGUUUUCAGAAUAUGCCUCGAGGUUCCUAGCCCAGUCGCAGUCCCGCCUGUCCAACUUCGGGUCGCCGGACAACAACGAUGCCUCAAGUCGACAGCCGCAAGGCACCCCCGGACGGUACUCUAGGCAUCCCGCACGAUCUUCGUACCAAGGCCGGCUUGGAAAUCCUUAUCAGCCCUCAGGCUCCCGGUUUGGAGGAUUCUCACGUAUUAAUACUACUUCGGAUGCCCCCCUCUUUCACAGCGCCCUUAACGAGUUUCGAGAAGACGAAGAUGAUGAUGACGCUAGGGAAGCUGCAGAUCUUCGUGCCUUGCAACGAUCUCGCCGGGUUUUUGUCUCAAGCCGGUUAGAGGAGAGCUCGGCUUCUGAGAAUGACGGACUUGGUGCUUCGUCCGAGCACAACGAGAGCGAGUCGUUUGGAAACGCGUACUCUCACAUACGCCCCACAGGCGCAGGUGGUAUCAAGAGCAGUUGGAACGGUGAAUCUAGCUUCAAAGAUAGGCAUUCCAAGCGUGAUACAGUCAAGGAGCCUGACGGGCCAAGUACCCACCAGAGCUUACGACAGAACUCGGAUAGUGAUGAGAGCGGGAAAAUGGUUGAUAUCGGCUUGAACUCAACGGUACUAGAUAAUGAAGUGCCAGACGAUCUUCUCCAGGAGCCCCCUAUAGAUUCAGCACCCCCUGCCUUCCAGCAGUUCAAGCCUGCCUCAGGCGGUCCAAAGGGAACGGCUGGCAAAAGGGGCACAAAUCUGGAGCACGAUCAACGGUUAAUGCGACAGGCUAUAGCUGAGGAGGAUGAGACGGAAGAAGAUCAAGGCGAUAUCCCUGCGCCAACACCUACUCGGAUGUAUGGCGAGAUCUUCGUGCACGAUCAGUUCUUCGCUUGGAUUUACCUAAUAGCUAUUGCAUCUCUCUUUGCCACCUUUGUGCUCGUAUGGCUGCACACCUCUGUGCCCAGCAGGAAGAUCGGUGACACUAUCUACACGACUCUUCAUUCUUCCUUCUACCUCCUUGCCGUGGAUACUCUAGUUUCCGUCGUCGUCGCCCUAAUUUGGAUGGCAGCGCUGAGGUCCUUUGUCCAACCUUUAGCUCUACUUAUCUUACUAGGCGUUCCCAUCGUCCUCUUCUCGUUUUCGUUGUACCCGAUGAUCUCCAGCUUCCAAGGGCCGGAUCAUGGAUCCCGAGCCCAGGAUGUAGUUAUGCGGUAUGCUGCCAUAAUUCCAGGAAUCUGUUCGAUCAUUUGGGUGUGGCUACUAUACAAGGGACGUCACGAGAUACAGCGGGCGAUAGACAUACUCGACUUCUCCAGCCGUAUUCUCGCAGCCAACCCAGCAUUGGUAUUGCUUGGGUUCGGUUCGCUAGCUUUCGUCGUUGGGUGGACAUGGGUUUGGUUGUCAAUGUUCACCAGAAUCUUCCUCGGUGGCUACUUUUCCAAAUCCCUUUCGACAUUUGUCAUCGGUACUGCGACCUGGUGGCUUGCGGUCUUCUUCUUUAUCAUGUACAUAUGGACCCUUUCCGUCAUGAGCGGCGUCGUACGCGCUACCACCGGCGGCACUGUUUCAAACUGGUACUUUUUCCGCAACAAUCAGUCUUCCGCCUCGUCGAAUGCGAUCGUCAAAGGAGCCCUAGGUCAUUCUACCACUACGGUGUUUGGCACUAUUUGUGCUUCCACCCUUUUAUCCCUGGCGGUUAGAAUCCCUAUCUUGAUCUUACCCCGUCGCAUCGCGAGUAUCUUCGAGUUCAUAGGAUGGCGAUUAGCUCCUCGCCCGGUGUCCGUCUUAACCAAUCCUCUAGCAUUGACCUAUGCAUCGAUCCAUUCACUACCCCUGAUGGAGUCGGCCUCGCAACUGAGUAGAAUCCAGUUCCUCGCCACGGGGCCUACUACGACCCUUACGCCGAGCGCAUUCUCUCGGCGCGGACAGUCAACGGCAUCUCUCAUGCCGUAUCGCAUGGCCAAGAUGCUCCUUCACGCGGCACGGUUCGUCAUGUCAACGGCACUUGGGUUCGCGGCGUGGGUAAUGACUGCACGGCAGCUGCAGGUCCAACUCCCGGAUGGAAUUGGUGUCAAGGGGAGCGCUUACGCGUAUGUUGUGGGCAUGGUGGCCAGUAUGAUAGGCUGGGGUGUGUUGGGGGCAAUGGAGGGUAUUCUAUCGGGAAUACUCGAUGGCGUUCUUAUAUGCUACGCCAGCGAAAGAAGGCUGGGUAGCGAACGCGCUACGUAUUGUAUCGAGGCGGCGAGGCUAUUCGAGGAGAGGCGAUACGAUGAGAGGGACAUGGUUUGAUAUUAUUUCAUAAUAGUUUAUGACUACCUAGGUAUGCAUUGCACUUUUCAGCCUCGGCGUUGGUGUCCAGGCCGUCAAAGAUGGUGGAUCGGGAGUCUCGAGAUUGGACAUGUUAGAAUAGAGCUAUUGAAACUCUUUAACCAUAGCAGACCACACCGAACUUUGUGGUGACAAUAUUUCUAGUCGCGUCUAUUAUGGCUCCGUGCUUGGUUUACUUUGUUAACUUGGGCGAAACCCUGUAGGGAGGCACACAGUUGUAGACACACAUUUGAGUUUUACUAGAAUUGGU